AUGUGGUUGAGACCCACCUCUUCUGACAUUGAAUGGAGUCAACGGCUCUUUGAGAGCGAGACAACUCUCCUCCGCUGGUUUUCCGCACACUCCGCGGUACCCGCACCACGUCUUCUGCACGUCCUGCCAAAUAGCGCUAGAAUCGCUCGGAAUGCUUUCGUCACGCAGGGUUUCACAGGUGAACCCAUCAAAAACUUAUACCCGACGCUGUCUUCACGCGCAAAGGAGCAACUGGUGCGGUUAUAUGCGGAUUUCGCACUGAAGCUGUUCGACAUCAAUGUCCCACAAACGAUCGGCUCUAUCUCUGUCGCGAGUUCAUCGGAUGAACUCAUCGUAAUACCGCGGAUUUACAAUGCUAAUCACGCCCAUACCUCUGAGGUUUUUCCCACUUUGCAAAAAUACCUCGAAUACCUCUCCACAUUGAAGACAAGACGCGCAUUCACUUCAGACACCGGGGAUGAGCAUAGAUUCCGAGCACAAGCAUCCAUAUCACAAUUAAUUGCGCACCUGCGGGGGCACUUGACCCAACUCGAUGAACGGUGUGUUCAUCGCAUGGUACUGGCACACGACGGACUGGGAGACAUGAAUUUGAUGGUUGAUUCCUCCGGCAACAUCACUGCUAUCUUAGACUGGUGGAUGAAUUCGACAUUGCCUGCUAUACUCGCUGCAGAGUAUCCCCCCUGGCUCAGAUACGACGGAAUCAACGACCCUCGAUUUGCUGCUCCGAAGAAAUCGUGGCUAGAAACACCGGAAGAAAGCGCAAGACUACGAAGAAUAUACCAGGGGGCUGUGAAACACAAUGACGUUUACUACACCGCACUGAUGCAAGGCACUCAAUUACGAGCGGCUGUAGGUUGGGUAUUUGACAUCGAAGAUGACCCGUGCUGUGCAAGAAUGAAACAGUGGACGCUGAGCGCUUUUGGUCCCCCAAUUGGAAGCCCCCCAAAUGAUAGUCAGUGCAUUAUUACAUAG